CAUGGCUUCAAGGUUGCUCCAACUGAGAAGGCUCUCGAGGCUUCUUCUCAAGCCCCCAUCUUCGAAUUUCAGACCAUCCUCCUAUCUUCUUCUAGAAGCUUCGAGACCUCUCCACCUCCCGGACACUAGCCACGGACCUCUCUAUUCGAUUGCUUCCAGAAGCUUCUGUUCUUCUCCCCCUUUCAAUCUCAACGAAGGCCCCGCCGCCAUCGAUUACAGUUCAGUACUGCAGGAGGAUGAAUUUCACAAGCUAGCUGAUUCUACAAUACAUGAUCUCCAAGAAAAAUUUGAGGAAUAUGGAGAUAGUGUUCAAGUUGAUGGCUUUGACAUAGACUAUGGGAAUGAGGUAUUGACAUUAAAGCUUGGGGAUUUGGGCACUUAUGUUUUGAACAAACAAACACCAAAUAGGCAGCUUUGGUUGUCUUCCCCUGUGAGUGGUCCUUUCAGAUUUGAUUGGGAUCGGGAUGCUGAAGCUUGGAUAUACAGGAGGACAAAAGUUAAGUUAUUAACACUUUUAGAAACUGAGAUGGAGCAAUUGUGUGGUGAGCCGAUCAGCCUUUCAUGACCCUGCAAAAGUUUAGGGCAUACUUACACAGUUUCUGAUGGAAAUUUGUUUCAGCAUUGGUAAAUUAUCUGUAACAGUGUGUUGUUAGUAUGAAGAGGUACUUUAGUUGGAAUUUUCAGAUUUGUUUCAUUUGUCAUGGUUACCUUCUAUGAAUAAAGUACGAGAAUGCCAGCAUUCAGAGAUUGAUAAGUAAUAGGUUAUGUUGCUACC